AGUAAACUGACGAGAGCCACUCGAAGCAGCGACGCCAUCUCUUCUCUCCGUGGUCUCGAUGAACUCUCAGAUCCUCCGAUCUGCCUCGAGGGCGGCGAGGAGUCUCCUUUCGUCCUCUCGGACCUCUUCUUCUCCCGGCCAGUGGCGUGCAGUAGCUGCAGCAACCACAACCGUUGUCAGAGGAUCAGCAUGCUCUCUUUCUUAUAAGGCUGGUGCCGGAAGCACAUCAAUUGGAUGGUUAUAUGGUGCCCUGGCUGUUCCUGCUGGAGUGUACAUGCUUCAAGACCAACAGCUACAUGCAGCAGAGCUGGAGAGAACAUUCAUUGCAAUCAAGCCUGACGGAGUGCAAAGAGGGCUGAUUGCAGAGAUUAUAUCUCGUUUUGAACGAAAAGGGUUUAAGCUUGUGGCAAUAAAGGUCGUGAUUCCUACCAAAGAUUUUGCCCAGAAACACUACCACGAUCUUAAAGAAAGGCCUUUCUUUAAUGGCCUUUGUGACUUUCUUAGCUCAGGCCCUGUGGUUGCAAUGGUUUGGGAAGGGGAAGGGGUCAUAAAAUAUGGUCGAAAGUUAAUUGGUGCUACUGAUCCUCAAAAAUCAGAACCUGGCACAAUCAGAGGUGAUCUUGCUGUUGUUGUUGGAAGAAAUAUCAUCCAUGGGAGCGAUGGUCCUGAAACAGCCAAGGAUGAAAUUGAGCUGUGGUUCACUCCAAGCGAAUUAGUUUCCUACACCAGCAAUGCUGAGAAGUGGAUCUACGGGGACAAUUGAUGAGAUUCGUCUCUCUGGUUCUUCACAUUCUUAUAAAGUUUUCAGUCUAUAGAGCAGGCCGUGUGCGGCGCGGCACGAAGAAAUAAUUAAUGUUAUUAAUAAGUAACUCUAUCCUGUGACAAUUUCUAAAACCCACUGGAAAAUAAAGGUGAAGUUUCACUUCCUUCUCCAUUCUAA